AUGAAACCCAUCCUCAUCGUCUUCACCUUCGGCCUCCUUAUCAACCAGGCCCAGGCCUGUGGCAUACCCGGCACAUUCUGCCGCCGCUGGGGUGCUAAAGCAUGCGAGUGCAAUGGAGGACACCUAUUGGAGUGUCAGGCCACCGUGGCUCCGAUGGUGGAUGGUCAGGGCGGCGAGACCGAGGCGUUCUGGACCAAGAUCAGGAACUGUCCUGUACCGGCUGGUGGCGGGUUGCAGUGUGUUGACGAGGCUUGUACUUCUUGA